AUGGCAGGAAAGACGUUCUCAGGCGUCAGACCUUCUGUGGUCACACCAUGCUCCUUCCUCCCACUCACUGUCUUCAUUCUUUUUCCACACACAGGAGCCCAGAAACCCUCCAUGUCAGAGAUGCUGUGGCUGCUGCCUCUGCUCUGGGCAGGGUCCCUGGCUCUGGAUAGAAGAUACAUGGUGACAGUGCAGACACCCGUGACAGUGCAGGAGGGCUUGUGUGUUUCUGUGUCCUGCACCUUCACUGGCCUGUGGUUCUAUGGGACUUCUAUCCCUACGUAUGGCUCCUGGUUCCCAGAAGGAGCUAAGCCAGACACAGAUGCUGCUGUGGUCACAAACAACCAGACUCGUAAUGUGCAGGAGGAGACCCAGGGCCGAUUCCACCUCCUCGGGGAUCCCAGAAACCAAAACUGCUCCCUGGACAUCAGAGACGCCAGAAGGACAGAUGCCGGAUUAUAUUUUUUUCGAGUGGAGAGGGAGCAUUCCCAAGGGUUUAAAUUUUCUUACACACAGGAUAUGCUCUCUGUGCGAGUGACGGCCCUCAACCACACACCCAACAUCCUCAUCCAGGGGACCCUGGAGAGCGGCCGCCCCAGGAACCUGACCUGCUCUGUGCCCUGGGCCUGUGAGCGGGGCACGCCCCCCAACUUCUCCUGGACGUCAGCUGCCCACAGCUCCCUGGGCCCCAGGACCCGCCUCUCCUCCAUGCUCACCAUCACCCCAGGGCCCCAGGACCACGGCACCAACCACCUCCCCUGGGUGCAUUUUCCUGCCGCUGGUGUGACCGUGGAGACAACCAUCAGGCUCAAUGUCACCUGUGAGUGCUGGGUCAGAACAGCAGGUCCCUGA